AGAGUUCUGUUAAAUUGAUUAUGGAUGAAAUUAAUAAAGAUGAACUCUAUUUAGCUACUUUAAAUGAUACAUUCCCUGAAGUCAUUAGAGCUAUAUAACAAAAAGAGCUUCACAUACUGUUCUAAUGCAUCAAAGACAUCAUCUUGAAGAAAAUUAGAAGAAUGAUCUUGUAGAUGACAAAGAAUUCAAUCAAUUAAAAAGUAAUAUUGAUACUUGUCUUGUAUAACUUGAAAAUCAUGUCUUUGAUUGGUAAAUUCCAACAUUUCAUUCUUUUGCUAUGGAAUUUCUUGUUUUUACAGGUGUUCCUAAAGAAGAAUUAGAUGCAAUAAUUAAGUCAACUUAUGAGAAAAGAUAUCAAAUUGAUGAAAUUAUUUAUGAAAAAGGAAUGA